AUAAAGAAGAAAAGUAAUGUUGAUUUUGUGACAUGAGUUAUGCAGUAGGAGCACUGCUUGUUCCAUCUUCAACUUCUCUCCCUUUUUUGAAUUCUAUUGCUCCUGUGGAAGUGGAACAUGGGGUGAAGCCCAUUCAAGAUGGCUACAAGUGGCGCCUGCUUUUGGCUUACGAUGGAACCCACUAUGCAGGCUGGCAAUAUCAGCAGUCUCCCCCUACUGUACAAUGCACUGUGGAGAAAGCUUUAACUCAAGCAACAAAGCUUCAAAGGAAGGAUCUCUGUUUGGUUGGUUCGAGCAGGACCGAUGCAGGAGUCCAUGCUUGGGGUCAGGUUGCUCAUUUCUUUACACCUUUUAACUAUGACAACUUGGAAGAACUUCAUGCAGCUUUGAAUGGUCUUCUUCCUUCUGAUAUCCGGGUUAGAGAGAUCAGCCCUGCAUCAGCUGAAUUCCAUGCUCGAUUUUCUGCCAAAAGUAAGAUUUAUCAUUACAAGAUAUACAAUGAUACCAUCAUGGAUCCAUUCCAGCGGCAUUUUGCUUACCAUAGUGUGUAUAAACUCAAUAGCACUGUUAUGAGAGAAGCUGCAAAAUAUUUUGUUGGGAAGCAUGAUUUCUCUGCCUUUGCCAAUGCAUCCCACAAUGAUCGGGUACCAGAUCCAAUGAAGCAUAUAUUCCAAUUUGACGUGAAAGAAAUGGGAGCCCUUUUGCAACUAGAAGUUGAAGGCUCAGGUUUCUUAUAUAGACAAGUGCGGAACAUGGUGGCUUUGCUACUUCAAAUUGGUAGGGAAGCUAUUCCUCCUGAAAUUGUUCCACAUAUUCUGGCGAGUCGAGAUCGCAAGGAGCUUGCAAAAUACUCCUUAUCUGCCCCUCCUCAUGGCUUAUGUCUUGUUUCUAUCAACUAUAAUGAAAGUCACCUAUUGCCUCCACCAGGGUGCCCUUCUAACAGUUUCGGUAGGCAUCAUACCAUAAGGAAAUGCAAGGUUCCAUUCUUUUUGUAAUAUAGGCAGCAAAACAAUCGAUCUAAAUAUCCUAGGACUAAUUCUUUUAGUAUUUUGAUUUUAAGGUUGAUUCAUAGAUGGAAUUUGAUGGAAGUACUCUAUUUGUUUAAUUCAAUUAUGCAGUUCAGAGAAGCUAUCGCUAUUUACAACAUU